AUGUUCGAAAAUGAAAAUGGGAGAAUUGUUGAUCAGAUGGUGGAUUACGAGUGGAAACCAGUACUGUGCUCGAAAUGGAAGAAUUUUGGUCAUGAGGUGACACAAUGUAGAAAACAACAGAGAAAGGAAGCAUCGAAGAAGCCCGUAGAAGAUGAAGGGAAUAAAAAAGAACGUCCUCCACCAGCUCAACAAGCAGGGGACAAGCAAAAAGAAAUGUUGAAUGAGAGGCCAAGACAAGGCUCUCCGAGAUGGUCGUUCACUACUAAUUUGAGUAUGCAUAAAGGGGUUAGGAUAUGGAUGGUGUGGAAUCCAGAGGUAUAUAUAGUGAAUAUUAAAGGUGUAACGGAUCAAUUAAUUCAUAUUUUGGUUGAGGACAAAGUGACUGGAACAAGGUUUCAUGUGACUAUGAUUUAUGGCUUUAAUGAUCAAGCUCUAAGGAGAUCCUUGUGGGCUGACAUUAUGUCCAUUAGUGGCCAAACGACUGGACCAUGGGUAGUUCUUGGAGAUUUCAAUUGUGUUUUGAAUAAGGAGGAAAGAAUAGGGAGACCGGUUACUAUGGCAGAAAUAAUUGAUUUCAAAGUGUGUGUGGAACAAUGUGGCUUGCAGGAUCUCAGGUCAACAGGAUCUUUUUAUACAUGGAGUAAUAAACAACAAGGCGUGGCUCAAGUUUAUAGCAAAAUUGAUAGGGUGCUAGUGAAUGAUGAGUGGGUUUCAGACCUGCCAGUAUCAACAGCUUGCAUCCUUCAAAAAGGGUUAUAUGACCACUGCCCAGUACUGGUUCAUUGGAAAAAACAUAAUAUGUCAAGAACAAGGCAAUUCAUGUACUUUAACAUGUGUAGCUUAGCACCGGACUUUCUACAGAAAAUAAAGAGUAACUGGGAUAAAAGGAUAGUAGGAAGGAGAAUGUUCCAAGUGGUGGGUAAACUGAACAGACUAAAAUUUGUCCUCAAACAGCUUAAUAGGGACAUAUUUAGUGAUAUUGAAAACAAGGCUGCCAUAGCAAUGGAACAAUUGCUGAAUUGUCAAGUAAGAAUACAACAAUCACCAACUGCAAAAUGCAAAACAUCAGUACCUGAACCAAAAAUGCAAAGUGAAGUGGCUACAAGAGGGGGACCAGAACACUGCCCUGUUUCACAG